CACCGUAAGGAAAAAAAACACAAUUCUUUGGUGUUGUUUUUAUAACAAUUAACAGAAAAAAGUAAAUUUUAUAUAAAAAUUAAUUACUAAACUAAACAAUGGCUUAUGAUUUAAAAAAAGAAUCAGAUGUCAAAGAGUACAUAGAAAAAUUGGGUGUUGAAUAUCGUUUUGGCUGCUAUUCAGAAAAGAAACCAGAAGUCUGCCACCUUUUGGGCGAUUAUUUGGAGAGCAUUAAGAAAGAUUUCGAAAAAGCCUCCAAAGUUUACAAAUCGACAUGUGACGAUUAUGGUUACGCAAAAUCCUGCUUCAAAUUUGGCAACUAUAGUUUCUUGGGCAAGGGUAAAAGUGGCACUAAGGGUGAUCCCCGGGCAGCUUAUAGUUAUUAUGAGAAGGGCUGUACAUUGAAUGAUUCUGAUUCAUGUUUACAUUCGGGUUUGUUGUUGGUAUCGCGUUCAAUGCCCAAGGAAAUUGAUCGCGAUGUGAGGAAGGGCCUUGAAUUCCUCACCAAAUCGUGUGACAUGAACAAUGCCACCGCCUGUUUCUAUCUAUCGGGCAUGCACAUUUCCGGCGUACAAACGAAACCCGAAGAAAGUCAUCCCGCACCCACACAAACACCAGCUAAAGAAUCCGACUAUAUUGUACAUAAAGAUAUGAAAAAAGCUUUUGAAUUUGCCUACAAAGCCUGUGAACUGCGCAAUAUGUAUGCUUGUGCCAAUCUUAGCCAGAUGUAUGCCCGCGGUGAUGGUACCGAGAAAAACGAAAAGGAAGCUGAAAAAUAUAAGAAAAUGGCCAUGGAAAUGCAAGAUGAAAUUAAGAAACAACAGCAAACUUUACAAUUCCAACAGGGCUUGAAAAAUCCUCAUUAAUCAGAGCAACAACACCAAAAUUUUUCCUAACACCCAACAACUUUAAAGCCAUCACUAACCUAAACUUGGUAUAUGCUGAAGUCCUUCUUGAAAUGUGUUAUAAAUUAACACUAUCAAUCACAAUUUCUUUUAACUAUUUUUCUAAAAAACUAAUCUUUGUAAUCGACAACAAGUUUUGUUAAAAACAUUCUAAAAACCUUUUGUUUUUUAGACAUGUAUGUAAAUAUCCCUCUAUAUAUUUUUUCCUGGUCUUUAGGGUCUUUUUAAAUAAGAAAGAUUUUUAGUAGUUUUUAAUGGCCGCCGUUUUAUUUGACGUGACAACUGUUUUUAUGUUGUCUUUUAAAUUACAAUUUAGAUCACAAAAAUAGAAAACAAAUUAGUUUCAUUUACAAUAUUUUCUAUAUUAAUGUGUUUAAGUUAAAGUUAAUUUUUAAUUAAAUAAAAUAUAAUUCUUGUGUAUUUUG